AUGAACAGCACUGGCUGCAGUGUACUCAUUGACGGAAUAUAAUUUGUAGUUCUUUAAAUGAAAAAAUACACUAUUUUGUGAAAACGUAAUUCAUACGAUGCAUGUCAGGAUACUGCAAUCGACGAUCAUUUAUGGUGUUUGGAAAUGAGGACCCAAAUACAAAGGAGAAUUUUGUGCUGGCGGGCGCUGUGGCUGUUGUGUUUCGCUGUUUUGUGGAGUGAUGCAGACGCGCAGCUUCGUUAUACAAUACCGGAGGAGCUGAAGGAGGGAUCUGUUGUUGGAAAUGUAGCUAAAGAUCUAGAUUUGGAUGUAUCUGAGAUUUCUAAUCGUAAAUUACGGAUAGCAUCGGAGUCUGGUAAGCAAUAUUUCAGCCUGAAUUUGAGGAAUGGCGAGCUACUUGUGAAUGAAGUAAUAGACAGAGAAACAUUGUGCGAACAAAGCGCGAGCUGUGUGUUACCAUUACAAGUCAUCAUAGAGGAUCCACUCCAGUUUUAUCGUGUAGAAGUGGACAUACAAGAUAUUAACGAUAAUUCUCCGAGGUUCCUUUCUGACACGAAAUUUAUUGAUGUAUCAGAGGCCACGCUAACCGGAGCGAGAUUUCGUUUGGAGCCUGCACAAGACGCUGAUGUAGGAUCAAACUCCUUGCGCACGUAUGCUUUAAACAAAAAUGAAUAUUUUGUCUUACAAGUUAAAAAUGAUAAAGACGGAACAAAAGUUCCAGAAAUUGUUUUGCAGAAGGCACUUGAUAGAGAAAAACAUUCUAUACAGCAUCUAAUUUUGACAGGCAUUGAUGGAGGUGAUCCAGCAAGAUCAGGCACCGCUCAGAUUACGGUUAGAGUGUUGGACGCAAAUGACAAUGCACCUGUAUUUGAACAAGAUUUGUAUGAAAUUAAAGUGAUGGAGAACUCUGCUCCAGGCACGAUCAUUCAAAUAGUGAAAGCAAUUGACUUAGACGAUGGCUUGAACAGUGAAAUUGAAUAUUCAUUAGGAUCUGACACACCAGAAACACUGAACAAUUUAUUUUCUAUUAACUCGAAUACUGGCGAAUUAACUAUAUCAAAAACUCUUGACUAUGAAAUGAGCACCACAUAUAAAAUUGACAUACGCGCAAGAGACAAAGGAGCGCCUGUUAUGGAAGGACAUUGCAGAGUCCAGGUGAAUGUUUUAGAUGUGAAUGAUAAUGCGCCUGAAAUCACCAUUACAUCCUCACCCAAACCUGUGCGAGAAGAUGCGCCUGCUGGGACAAUGGUAGCUUUAAUAAAUGUUAAAGAUUUGGAUUCGGGCAUAAAUGGCAACGUAACUCUUGCUAUUUCGUCUGAUACUCCUUUUAAAUUAAAGCCAACGUUUUCAAAUCAUUAUGCAUUGGUUUCAGAUUCAGACUUGGAUCGAGAAAAGUUUCCUAAAUAUGAUAUCGAGCUCAAAGCAUCAGACUCUGGAUCACCUCAACUGGUAUCAAGCAAAUUCAUUACAGUUAAUAUACUAGAUGUCAAUGAUAAUCCUCCUGCUUUCUCUGAACGUGUGUACUCGGUUUAUAUUAAAGAAAACAGCGCUCCAGGAUCAAUAUUAGCAUCGGUGACAGCCUCAGACUUAGAUACAGGAGAAAAUGCUAAAAUUGUCUAUUCAGUUAUUGAUACUAAUACUAGAGACGUACCUGUCUCUUCAUAUGUUUACAUAAACGCAGAAAACGGCAGUAUAUUUAGCAUGCACUCGUUUGAUUAUGAGAAAAUGAAGGUCUUUCAUAUUACCGUGCUUGCUAAAGAUCAAGGCUCUCCAUCUCUGAGCAGCAACGCAACUGUUCACGUGUUUAUUCUGGACCAGAACGAUAAUACACCUGCUGUUAUUUACCCGUCCACAUCUAUGGGCUCGGUCUCUCAUCAGAGGAUGCCCCGUUCCGCUAAAACAGGGCAUCUCGUUACUAAGGUAACAGCAGUGGACGCGGACUCGGGUCAUAACGCCUGGCUGUUUUACAGGCUCGCGGAGGCCACGGACGCGUCUCUGUUCAGUGUGAAUUUACAUACGGGAGAGGUGAGGACUAAACGCGCUGUGUCAGAGCACGAUGACUCCUCUCAGAGACUGGUCAUAGAGAUAAGGAAUAUGGAGAACCGAUCCAGUCCCACCACCGUCACAGUGGAUAUACUAAUAGAAGAAGGAAUUCAUGAACCAAUCCCAGAAUAUAGUAUGAAAACAGAAGAAAGCAAUAGUAAAAAAAACGGCAAAAUAACAUUAUAUUUGAUCAUCUCUUUGGGAACAGUGUCUCUUUUAUCUGUGUUGACAUUGUUCACUUUGAUUGUGAAAUGCGUUAAAAGCAGCAUCGGAAGUUCAAGCUGCUGUAUCAGACGAACUGAUUCUGGAUACAAAAACCCCAACAGAAACCUGCAGAUCCAGCUCAACACUGACGGGCCCAUUAAGUACGUGGAGGUUCUGGGCGGAGAUAUGAUGUCUCAGAGUCAGUCCUUUGGCUCUUAUCUCUCUCCAAUGUCCGAAUUCCAGUGAAUCUCACCCUAAUUAGCCAGCAGCACCACAAACUUUACAGACACGCUAAACACGCUUGAUGCGUCAUUACCAGACAGCGCGUGGACGUUCGAGAGCCAACAGGUAAGAUAA